AACAAAAAUUAUUGUUUUAUCUUCAUAUUUUGUUGUGAUAUCAUGAUUUGCAGUGUAAUUGAAAAUGCGACAACAACUAUAAUUUAAAACUUAAUAUUUAGCUUAUAUGCCAAAAUUUAGCUUUUCAAUUGCCCACUCAACCUCAUUAAUGACUAAGAUUUGGGGAUCAUGUAAUUAAUUUAAUCAUAAAAAAAAUCAUAAAAUUAGCUUAGCAAGUGGUGUUGACAUUUGAGGGUCAUGGCUGGCUACAUAAUGGGAACUUAGAUGAGCUUCGGGAUCGGUGAGGGUUGAUUUUGCAUUUCUUUAUUCCAUGUCUUGCUCAUAAGGGUUGAUUGGUUUAUAAAAGGGUUAUAUGGCUCUUUCAAAAAAAAAUUAAAUAAAAAAGUGAUGUCUAUAUGCUUAUAUAUAAAGGGGUUAAUAAUGUGAGAUUGAACAAUAUUUUGAAAAUAAUAUUUUGAAAAUAAUAAGAGAGGUUGAUUAUGUCAAAAAUGUCUAGUCCAAGUAGUUCAGAGAUAGAAGAGAAGAGAGUUACUUCAAUUUUCAAUGAAGCUGAUUUAUCUACUCAACAAGAAGAGGUUACAAAGGAAGACAAACUAAUAGAUGCAAAAUCCAAAAUGGGUGAGGUGAAAGAAGAAAACGAAAGAUUGAAGAUGAUGCUAUCGCGAGUUGAAAAAGACUACAACUCACUUCAACUCCGUUUCUUUGACAUUGUUAACAAAGAGGUUUCUAACAAAGGAGUAGAAGAUUCAUCAACUCCACAUGACGAAAUCGAUGAAGAACCUGAGCUUGUAUCACUGUGCCUCGGAAGAAGUCCAAAUGAGCAUAAGAAAGAAGCAAAAAUUGAUCAAAAUUCAAAUAAGCCUAAAGAAAAAGAAGACAUGGAAGUUAACCUUAGUCUUGGAUUAGAUUCCAAAUAUAUGUUGUCUAUGGAGUUAGUAUCUGAUUUGAGUCCAAUGAAUAGCUCAGAAGAAUUACCAAAGGAAGUUGAAGUUGAAGAAAAAGGAACAUUAUUGUCAUCAUCAACAAAUAAAUCAACAAAAGUGAUUAAUGUGGAUGAUGAUAUUUCAGAUCAAAUGCCAGCUAAGAGAGUUAGAGUAUCUGUGAGGGCUAAAUGUGACACUCCCACGAUGAAUGAUGGAUGUCAAUGGAGGAAAUAUGGACAGAAGAUAGCAAAAGGAAAUCCAUGUCCAAGAGCAUACUAUCGUUGCACAGUUGCACCAGCAUGCCCAGUUAGGAAACAGGUACAAAGAUGUGCUGAUGAUUUGUCCAUAUUAAUCACAACAUAUGAAGGAACACAUAACCAUCCUCUUCAAGUUACAGCAUCAGCCAUGGCAUACACAACUUCAGCUGCAGCUUCAAUGAUGUUAUCAGGUUCAUCAACAUCAUCAUCAUCAUCACAUCAAAACAUUCAACAUCAAAAUAUUCAUCAUCAAAAUUCCACAUCUUUUGGAAAUUCUUCAACACUACUCAAUGGCCUAAAUUUCAACAAUAACUACUUUGAACAAUCAAGAACACCAAAACAACAAUUCUUCAUUCCACAAAACCAUAAUAAUUUGUUCCCAACAAUCACUCUUGACCUAACUUCUCCUUCAUCAAUAUCAUCAUCAUCAUCCAACAUAGCUUCAAUUCCAAGAUUUCCUCCAAAUAAUCUCAAUUUUUGUUCUACACAACCACCAAAUUUCACACCAACAUCAACCAUUUGGAACAACAACAAAUUAGGGUUAGGGUUCAUUAACAAUAACACAUUACCUAUUGAAAAACCACAAAUUAGGCCUUUUAACCAUUUCCAAGAAAAUUUCUAUCAAAAUCAAAAUUGUGUGACAAAUUAUCAAACACCUUCAAGGCAAGCAUUGGCGGAAACAAUUAGCAAAGCAAUAAGCACUGAUCCAAGUCUUCAUUCAGUUAUAGCUGCCGCAGUUACAUCGAUUGUAGGACAAGGAUCAAACAAUGGUGGAAAUCAAGAAGAGUUAAGAGAUAACGGUUUAGGUUCAGGAUUGAAUUUGAAACUUGGUGAGUAUCCUCAAAUGGUUUCAAACAAUUUGUUGAAUCAAAAUGGGAAAGGAUGUUUGAAGGGUUCAUACUUCAAAAGGUUGUCACCAACAACAAGUUCACAAGCCAAAAACUUCAUGCUUCUUCAACCAUCAUUGCCAAAUUCUCUUUCUAAGAGUAACACAACUAGACCUCCAUCCAUUGUUAAUCAUAUCAAUCAUUGUGAUCCAAAAAUGAACACACAUCAUUAGUCAUCGCUUUUUGUAACACUACUCAAAAUGAAUUUUGGAUCCUCUAUUAUUGUUGCAUGGUGCAACAGCAGCAGAGAGAGACUGUUAGACUGCACCAUACAACAAUAGAAGAGGGGUCUAAUUUCCUCUAAAUGGUGUUUGAAUCUUAUGUAGCGGUUGCACCACUUUAACCACGACAAAGCGGUCGAACCUAAAUUUAUAGAAUAAAAAGUUUUGUUCUUUUAUUGUUCUUCAUAAUAUAUGCCAGUUUGAUAGUUCCAAAAAAAAUUUAAAAAAAAAUUCA